AUGGACGCUUUUGAUGUAAGCGAUCAUGGAGAACAGCUGCAAGAAAUAGAUAAUGAUGACAUGAUAUACAGAUCUCUUGGACUUUGUUGGAGACUGAAGGACGAUACUUUUGUGUUUACGGUACCUACCGAAGAGAAGCCUUUUACUCGUCGCGGUCUGCUCUCAACUGUAAACAGCCUAUUCGACCCAUUAGGUUUCAUAUCACCAAUCAUCAUCAGCGGUAAAAUACUUCUCCGAGAAUGCACACCUGAAGGAGUUGACUGGGAUGAACCAUUACCUGUCAAUAAUCUUCAAAAGUGGAACGAGUGGCAAUCGUCUCUUCACUGUCUCAGUGAUAUCGCCAUUCCCCGUAUGAUGUCUCACACUUCUGUUAGUUCAGCCCAGACAGCAGAAGUUCACAUAUUCUCAGAUGCUUCAGAAAAGGCAAUAGCAGCAUCAGCAUAUAUAAAAACUGUAAGUGAUGGACAAACAAGCGUUCGAUUCAUCAUGGGAAGAAGCAAGUUAGCACCUCUUAAUGGCCACACCAUUCCUCGCCUAGAGUUGUGUGGGGCUGUCUUAGCAACGGAACUCGCAAAGAUCAUAUCUGUUCAACUUGGCAUCCCAUUGCAAACCAUGAGAUAUUACACAGAUAGCAGAGUUGUGUUAGGCUACAUUGGUAAUAGGACUCGAAGAUUUUACACCUAUGUAAGCAACCGAGUUGAUCGUAUUCUACGAAUAUCUAAUGCCAAUCAAUGGAACUUCAUUUCCAGUGAAAAGAAUCCUGCAGAUUCUUGUACAAGAUGCAACACUAAUGUGAUCAACAUUAUGCGGUUACCAUGGAUUACUGGUCCACAAUGGUUGUGUGAUGUGACGGAAAUGAAACCUACGCAGUUUCCACUUGUUGAACCUGAUAGUGACAGAGAAGUCCGUCCAAUCAAUAGACCUGUAAUAUGUUCACAAACUGAUGUUACCAUUACAACAACAGGAUCUGAUUUCAUUACCAAGUAA